AUGUCUACAUCAAACAAAACAAAUAAUCAUUAUGAUAUUAUCUAUGAACGGUUAUUUGCAUUAAAGUCAUGGACAUAUGAACAAAAAAUACGUUUAGUAGAAAUUAUUAGUGAUUGGACAAAUAAAUAUGAACAUUCAAUGCCAGCACAAUUAAACAGUAAUUUACAGCAUUUACGAGAACUUCUCACAUGUAGUGUUGUUAUCGUACCAUUACUACCGGUAGAAAUGAUUUUUCAAGUUAUACAAUCAAGUCAUAUUCCAGCUAAACUAUGGCUUGAUUGUCUCAUGAAUGCAGUUGAAGUACCAUCAGAUAAUAAUAAUGGAAACAGAAUUUCAUUUGAUUUUACACCAGUAACAGUUCCUACAUCAUCUAAUAUGUUGAAUUUAUAUUUAUCUGAACAAGGAUCACAAAAUGAUGAAUAUUGUAGUAUAAUGGAUCAAUCAUCAAUUAAAGAUACUACUUUAACAGAACAAUUUUUUUCACUUACUUCAUCAUUAACGAUGUCAACAAGUACAUGGUAUAAGCUUCCUAUUGAAGAAUCAUUAGAAGAACAUCAAACAAGAUUACUUUUAAAUCUUGAAGAAUUAUAUCAACUUAAAUGGGAUAAAUUAUCUGUAGAAUCGCUUCGACAUAUAUUUACUAAAUCAGAAAAUUUUGAUAAUGUUUCAUCAAUUAAAAAAGCUUUAUUUGUUAUUGAAACUAUAGUUGUAAAUCGAAUCUCAUUACAAACACAUAUUGAACGUAUUGUAAAUAAUAUCACUAAAAAUUCUUCAAAUAAAUGGAUGAAAGAAUUAAAUAAAAUUGUUAAUGAACUAGGUAAAAAUAAAUCAUUAAAAACAUUACUUGAAGAAUUAGGUCAACUAAAUUCAUUCAUAAAUCUUGACCGUUUGGAAUAUCAAUAUAAAAAAGUCAUGAAAUAUUAUGAAAAAGAAACAAUGCGAAUGACAUCAUUUGAUAUUCAAAAUCAACAAAAUUACGUUGAUAAAUAUUAUAAAAUAGCUGUUAUUAUUCACGCUGUUUAUAUAUUUAAACAAGUGCGACCAAGAGAUAUUCAAAUUUUAUCAUUUCUUCUUUUUAUUGAAAGUGAACAUAAAAAUAGAGGACGAUUAGCUCAAAUACGUACAGGUGAAGGCAAAUCAAUUAUUGUAGCAAUGUUGGCUGUAUACUUAUCAUUAGAAUCAUCAAAAAAAUAUGUUGAUAUUAUAACAACAUCAGAAAUUCUUGCUCAACGUGAUGCUCAAGAAUUUGCAUCUUUCUAUCAAAUGUUUAAUCUGACAGUUGGACAUAAUUGUCAUGAUCCUUCUGAAAGUUCAAACUAUAAUUUUGAUAUUAUUUAUGGUACAGUAACUCAAUUCGCUGGUGAUUUACUUCGUACUGAAUUUUAUUUAAAUACAGAAAUACGUGAUGAUCGACCUUAUUCAACAGUUAUUAUUGAUGAAGUUGAUAGUAUGUUUAUUGAUCAACGUGAGCAUUUUACACAAUUAGCAUCAUUAACACCUGGCUAUAAAUCAUUAAAUAUUAUAUUGAAAUUUAUUUUUAUAUUUUUUAAAAAAUAUAAUAUUACUCAAAAUAAUGAAUUUAUUAUAAAACAAGAAAAUGGUUUUGUGACAGUUGAUGCUGUUCAAUUUAUUAGUGGAAAAUUAAAUGAUAAACAAUUAAUUGAAUAUCCUGAAUUUCGUCGAUCAUACAUUUUUUUAAAAUUACCAAAAUGGAUUCAAAGUGCAAGACGAGCACUUUAUGAAUUACAACUUGAUAUUGAUUAUAUAAUUAAUAAAGAAAAUGAAAUUGUUGUUGUUGAUUAUUUAAAUACAGGUGUAUCUCAAAUGAAUAUGCAUUGGAGUGAUGGUAUUCAUCAAUUUCUUCAAUUAAAACAUAAUUUACGUAUGACACCUGAACAUAUGUGUGAUUCAUUUUAUUCCAAUGUUACUUUAUUUAAAAAAUAUAAAUAUUUAUAUGGUUUAACUGGUACAUUAGGUGGAAAAAAUGCACAAAAAUUUAUAAAAAAAGUUUAUAAUAUUGAUAUUGUUAAUAUACCAAAAUAUAUUGAUAGUAUAUUUGAUAUUUAUCCAAAUCAAUUUGCUGAUAAUCGUCAAUUAUGGUUAGAAAAAAUUCGUAUGGAAUGUCAUAGAAUAGCUAUUAUUAGUCAUCGAGCUAUUUUAGUUAUUUGUCAAACUAUACGUGAUGCUAAUGAUGUUCAAUCUUAUUUAAAUUCUCAACAUUCAAAUAUAAAACUUUAUCUUCGAAGUGAUGAACAUACAAAACCAGAAGAAGUUCAUCCAGGUGAUGUAAUUGUUGCAACAAAUUUAGCUGGACGUGGAACUGAUUUAAAAGUUCUAACAUCUGUUAUUGAUCAUGGUGGUUUACAUGUUAUUGUUACAUUUAUGCCAAAUAAUUCACGUGUUGAACAACAAGCAUUUGGUCGAGCUGGACGACAAGGACAACCAGGUUCAGCAAGAUUAAUUAUUUAUAAAGAAUAUAAUAAUAUGAUACCAUAUGAACCAGAGGAUGAGAUUCAAAUAGUUGAAAAGUGGAAAAAAAUUCGAGAUAAAUUUGAAAAAGAUAAUAUGAAUGAAGCAAUUAAAGAAGUCAAUCGUAUUGAAGCAAAAGAUCGUCUUCUUGUUCGUUUUCUUAAUGUUGUUCAUUCACGUAAAGAUGAUCUUCCAUUUACUGACGAUAUAUUACAAUCAGGUUUUAGUUCACUUCGUGAAUUAUGGAGUUCGUUUUGUGAUCAAGAUGCAUCAACAGCUGAUGAACGUUUUCCAGCAUUUGCAAAUGAAAUAGAGCAAAAACUUGAACUAGCUAUUACAACUAGGAAAGAAACAUUAUCACAACCGUAUAGUACAUUUUCUUGGCAUAGAAAUGAUGAACAAUAUCAUAAUGUACAUAAAGCUAAUGCAACAUGUGAUGCUCUUCGUCAAUUGAUUGUUCAUCCAAAAUAUUUUAUUACAGCUGGUAUUAAAAUGUUAUGUAUGAAAAAUGUAUUUGAAAGAGAAAAACGUGCAUUAACAUUAUAUCAACAAGCAUUAAAUCUUGAUAAACAAGAUUUUAUUCUUCAUUAUAAUAUGGUAUUAUGUUAUAUCAAAAAUGAUCAAAAUUCAAUAAAUGAAGCUAUUAAAGAAUUGAAUAUAGCUGUUACAUUACUAAAUAAUGAAAUUGAACGACGUAAAUUUCUUCAAAUUCAUGAUGAAUUAUCAAUAGAAACAUCUGUUGCUAGAUCAUCUAUUGCUGAGCUUGUCUAUCUUGAACAUGUUUAUUCAAUACUUACAGCUAGUCAAGAUCAAUUAUGUAAAUUUGAUGAAGAUAAACAUGAAAUAACAUGUCGCAAUGAAAGUUGGGACGUAACAUUAUCAAGUUUAGAGAAUACACAUUUUAAAGCAAUUAAAAAUGAACUUUAUGCUGAAUAUCAAGAAUGGUGUAGCGAAGGUUUAGUGUGGGUAUUUAUAUUUGAAAUUGAAGCUAAACGAUGUUGGUGGAAAACAAUAUUUAUUUUUGUUAUGGGUAUUGCACAAAUUGUUGGUGGAGUCUAUUUAUGUGUUGCUGAUGAUCAAUGGAAAUUAGGAACAUUAAUGGUUCUUAAUGGAACUUUUGAUAUUUAUGUGGCUAUUGCUAAAAAAAUUACUAAUGAUUUUGAUCUUGUUAAUUAUUUCAAACAAAAAGUAACUAGUUAUGGAUUAAAUUUAUUAUGUAUAACAUCAGCCGUAAGUAAUCUUGUUAAACCAAUUUCAUCAAUAGAAAACGUUGGAAUAGUUGGUAUUGCUGCUGAUAGUACUCAUCAAUUAUGUACAAAUGGAUUUAAUAUUAAAACAUUAACAAAGAUUGCUUUAACUAGUAUGAAUAUAGCUGAUAUUGAUAAACAUACGAUUGAUUUUCUUAAACAUAUUAUAGAACGAUAUAAAAGUAUUGAAACAUUAAUUUCUGGUGAUUUCGAUCAGAAAAUAAAUCAAGAUACAUCACUGAUAGUUAAUCGAUUUUUAAGUAUGUUAGAUAAUGAUUCCUUAUUUGGAGGAAAAACAAAACAAAUAUUUCGAAUUGUUCAACGUCAUACACCACCUAUAAAAUAUGUUUAUGAUGGAAAUAAUGAAGCAAUGGUUUCUUAUGCGCUCAGUAGGAUGGAUGAUAUAUUACCUAAUAUACCACUAGUAGAUACAUUCAGUUUAGCAUUACCAUUUACUGUUAAUAGUAUUGUCAAAAAAGAAGUCUUCGAUAUUAAUAAAUUAUUUUUAUCAACUAUUAGACAACUUAAUUCCAAGAAUGGAGAAUAUAAAUUAGAAAUAUUAGAUAUUGUACAAAAAGUUUUAUUUUCAUCAGAUAAAUGGACUACAUUUGAGCAAUAUAAAGACAAACUAAAUACUGAAAUUUGUCAAUUAAUUCGUCCUGCUAUCGAACGUGAACAAAAACUUCUUGAUGAACAUCAACAAAUAAUGAAUAAUCCUCAAAUCAUUGGUAGAUAUUGUCAAAUAUUUAAAUUUUCUAAUGUUACCUUUGGUACAGUACAAAGUCAACUAAAUAAUUUACGAAAAGAAAUUCGAAGAGAACAAACAGAUAAUCGUCUAUUAGCACAAACUAUGAUUGCAUUUGUCGAUGAAUUAAGUGAAACUUCAAGUAAUAUAAGAAUAAGUUCAAAUACAAUAACGAAUGCAUUCAAAGAAUAUCUUAACAAUAGCAUUAUUCGACCUUGUAUUGAGAAUGCAUGUGAACAAGAAAUGGAUACAAAUGAUGAACAACUUGCAGAUAAAUUUACAAAAGCAUUUAUAUACAUACAAGAGCAGCAGCAGAAGAAAUUCAAUAGAACUUAA